CACCUGAGCUCUCAUGUUUCGCCUUCACCAGACCACCUAAUUUUUAUAAUCUCACCGUCCAAACGAUAACUAGCAACAACAAAAACACAGAGAUUAACAAAUUACUGAAACUUUAAAAGCAUCUCCUUCCCUUUAUAAAUCACAUCCCUCAUGCAUUUGCUCAAAAACACUCUCCACCAACCAGCCCAAAACACAACCAAAAUGGUGUCCCUAGAAAUUGUUCAGGCAACCUCUAGAUCCAUGGACACACCUUCCAGCCCCCGGAUUUCGUUCUCUGCCGAAUUCCUCGACGAAAAUAACUUCAUCUCCAUUACCCCAAAUGCCCAUCAGGGUGAGCAAGAUCUUAUAAUGGAGUGUGAUCAAAAGGUACGUAACCCGGAAUUCGAGUUUCUCUCAAGCAAUGUGAGUAGCCAUACCAUGUUAUCUGCAGAUGAGCUUUUUUUUGAAGGGAAGCUCCUUCCCUUUUGGCAAAAGCAGCAUGCUGAGAGGCUCAGCAAACUUAGCCUCAAAACCAAAGAUGUUGAGGGAGAUGAGAAUGAGGAAGGGGUGAACAAGGAGGAGAGCAGAGGGAGUUGGUUUGUUGAUGAUGACCCCUCUCCAAGGCCACCUAAGUGCACCGUUUUAUGGAAAGAGUUGCUGAAGCUGAAGAAGCAGCGUGCUUCGUCGUUGUCCCCGUCUUCUUCUUCCUCCUCUUCGACGUCUUCUUCGAGCUCAUUUGCUGAUGCAGCAACAGCAGAUCAAGAGAAGGAGGGGAUGGGGAACAAAGAGAAGUACAUGAAGAGGAUAAAGAAAGGGUUGGAGAGAACAAGAUCAGCCAGUAUAAGAAUAAGGCCAAUGAUCAAUGUGCCAAUUUGCACACAGGUGAAGAGCACUUCCUUGCCACCUUUGUUUCCUCUCAGGAAAGGAAGGCUAGAGAGGUGAGAGCAUUUAGGAAUUUGGUAGAAAGAAGAGGCUGGUUUGAUCUACAUCAUUGUCCAACAUGUUCAUUGCCUUCUCAAUUUUUUUUUUCUUCUUUCUGGGUUUCAUUUAAGAUUUGUCUCAUGUUUAGAGUGUUGAUUAUGGUGGAUCUGAAAAAUCAUAAUGUAAAUGCUAACUUUCUAGUUUGUGGUUCAAUAUUAACAAAAUUUGUUUAAUUACUUGGUACUUCUUGUAUUGCCCAAAAGUACAUACAGUUUUCUGCCAACUGGCUCUCCUAAAUAAGCAACUGGAAAGUGAGAAGUCAUGCAACAUGCAGAUGCAAAUCUGUGACUCAGUGGGUCCAACAUGUGAGGCAUGGCAGCAACAGGAAUCUGAUAUUUGACCUGUUUUGUUAUUCCCGGUCAUUCAUGUUAUGUCAUACGUGAUAAUUUUUUCACUUAACAUAGCAUGAUUGGGCAGGGAUAAUUGCUAUCCCCGUUUCAUAUAAGUUUUCUGCUUAAAGACAGUGUAUUGAAUUAUUGUUUGUUAGAUGAGAAAGUCAAGGGAUGAAGACAUGAAAAAACAACACCAAUCACUUUACAAAAUAUAACAAACCAACAUAUUCAUUGUGUACAUUUUUUCUUUUUGGUCUAAAUUCAGGGUGUACAUUUGAAAGAGGAAAAAAAAAACCUGUAUUAAAGAAUAAGGAAAAUUAAUAUGAACAACUUUGGAGCAGCAACCAAUUAUACCAAGAAACCAGCAAAUCAAAAUGACUGUACAUGAACAAUCGGGCAUAAAACUGCAGACUUAAGUUUCAUUGAGGACCUUGAAUCCUAUCAAAACUAAAGACAGCUGAGCAAGAGAACUUUCGACUCUGGGAUCAAAGAGCUGGCAAGGGCAAAUUUCCCAUCCGAAUGUUUGAGAGCUCUUCAUGUAGGUAUGGAACAAGUUUCUCAAAAAAAAAAAAAAAAAAAAAAAAAAA